AUGAAAUUCCAGCGAAAAAUUAGGUUAUAUAAUAAUAAUAAUAAUAAUGGAGAUGCAGCUCCACAUUCGACAGACCAGCAUCCACACGUGGAAGCCGCCCUGGAUCUUCCCGUUGUGGUUGAUUCGAACGACGAUGAAAUAGUCUCCCACGAACUAGAGAAAAUGAGGAGUAUACUGGAAGAGGCGAUUUUGGAAACGCGCAGCACCCCUAUCGAAAAUCGACCGCGACUUCCCCGCAUACCCCUAAGCAAGCGAAAUCGGGCUGUCGUGAGGGCUCUUAACCCAAUGCUGGUGACCUAUUUGGAAGCCAGCCGGGACCUUUGCGAGACGGACUCAAUUCUCUUUGGCGCCGCAGUGGCAGUUUGCCGUAUUAUUGGCGCCAAACUUCCCAUGGCUGGACGCGCUACUACACAAAGUAGCGCCAUCCCAGCCUGGAGAAAAAGAAUCGAGGACCGUAUCGCAAAGGCAAGGGCCCUUAUCGGCAGACUGACAAGCUUCAGGUCGGGUAAUAAUAGACCGAGGAUUAUGCGCACCGUUAGGAUGGCGUUUGCUGGGACAAAUAUCAGUUUGUCCCAGCCGGAUAUCACGCAGAAACUAACGGAGCGCAUAGACGACCUGAAGCAAAAGAUCGCUGCUUGGGGGAAGCGGAUUCGACGAUUUACCGACAGGUCAAGGCGGUUCAACCAGAAUCGUCUCUUCCAGAGUGAUCAGAAGAGGCUCUAUAAAUCAUUGGAGCGGCCAAAGGUAUGUGGAGCGGGCCAAGGACCGGAUCAGGCAGACAUUAUCGCAUUCUGGCGUGGCCUGUGGUCAGAGCCCGUAAACCACAGCGAGGGCCCUUGGAUGGAAGUUGUGGCGAGCCAGGGUGCGAGUGUUACGCCUAUGGACCCCAUCACCGUAACGCCGGAAGACGUGGCUGAGGCGGUACUAACUUUGCUUGGUAUUGCUGUGGUCGCCUUAGGUGCUGACCAUCAUGCAAUUUCAGAGCAAUUGAUAAAACAUCACACACCAGAACAUCAUGGACACCAUAGUGAACUUUCACACGUAGAAUCUCAUACUCCUGAUCAUCAUGAAGAAUACGCGUGGGCGUAUCCGUCAUAUGAGUUUUCAUACGAAGUUAAUGAUCCCUAUACUCAUGAUCAUAAAGGUCAUCAUGAGGCUAGACAUGGUGAUGAAAUAAAAGGAAUGUACUGGCUCGUACAACCCGAUGGCCGUAAGCGCACUGUCAGAUUUAACACGCACGUUGAAUAUUCUGAACCUAUUUAUCAUGUUCAUCACAAGGAUCACAAACAUCAUAACGAUCAUCAUAAAGAAGAACUGCAUCAUGUACCUGAAUCAGAAUAUCGUGAAAUUGUACAUUACAAACCCGAACCUCACUCCGAAGAUAAACAUGAGCACCAUGAACCAGAAAGUCACUAUGAAGAGAAAAGCUAUGAAAACGAACAUGAAAAGCACAAACACUAUGAACCAGAGUAUCACCUUCAUGAACAUAAGCAACCAGAGCACCAUGAGCAGGGUCAUAAGCAUCACGAGCAUGAGUAUGAUGGUGAAAACAAUCACAAACAUGAAUACUAUAUAAACGAACAUUAUGGUCACCACGGAGAACUUUCACACGUUGGAUCUCAUACUCCUGAGCAUCAUAAGGAAUACGCGUGGUCCUAUCCGUUAUAUGAGUUCUCAUACCAAGUUGAUGAUCCCCAUACUCAUGAUCAUAAAGGUCAUCACGAAGCUAGAGAUGGCGAUGAAGUGAAGGGGAUGUACUGGCUCAUACAACCCGAUGGUCGUAAACGCACCGUCAAGUAUCACGCCGAUGAACACAGCGGAUUAAACGCCUACGUUGAAUAUUCUGAGCCUAUUUAUCAUGUUCAUCACAACGAUCACAAACAUCAUAAAGAUCAUCAUAAAGAAGAAAUGCAUCAUGUGCCUGAAUCAGAACAUCAUGUAAUUGUUCAUUACGAACCAGACCCUCACUCCGAAGAUAAACAUGAGCACCAUGAGCCCGAAAGUCACUAUGAAGAGAAAAACUAUAAAAAAGAACAUGAAAAACACAAACACUACGAACCCGAGUAUCACCUUAAUGAACAUAAGCAACCGGAGCACCAUGAGCAAAAUCAUAAACAUCACGAGCAUGAGUAUGAUGAUGAAAACAAUCAUGAACAUGAACACUAUUUUAACGAACAUUAUGGUCACUAUGGUGAACUUUCACACGUCGGAACUCAUACUCCUGAAGAUCAUAAAAAAUACGCUUGGUCGUAUCCAUCAUAUGAGUUCUCGUACCAAGUUGAUGAUCCCCACACUCAUGACCAUAAAGGUCAUCAUGAAGCUAGAUAUGGUGACGAAAUGAAGGGGAUGUACUGGCUCAUACAACCCGAUGGUCGUAAACGCACCGUCAAGUAUCACGCCGACGAGCACAGCGGUUUUAACGCCCACGUAGAAUAUUCUGAGCCUAUUUAUCAUGUUCAUCGUAACGAUCAUAAAGACCAAGAAGACCAUCAUAAAGAAGAACUGCAUCAUGUACCUCUAUCAGAACAUCCUGAAGUUGUUCAUUACAAACCCGAACCUCACUCCGAAGAUGAACAUGACGGGCACUAUGAACUUAAACUUCACCAUGUUGAAAAACACCAUGGAAAAGAACAUGAAGAACACGAAUAUAAGGAACCAGAAUACUAUGAACAGCAGAAUGAACAUCUCGAACAUGAGCAUCAUGAUGAAAACCAUCAUGAACCUGAAUAUCAUAUUUAUAAGCACCAAGAACCAGAAUCCUAUGAAGAAGAACGUCAUAUAUCAGAACACCAAGCACACAAACUUGCAAAUGAUAAACAUCACGGACAUGAAAAUUAUGACCACCGUGACCAGAACGACCAUUAUGUUCAUCGUGAUUAUGAUGAACAUCGUAAACAUAAUAACCGUGACGAUCGACAUCAGGAUGAUCGAAAUGAAAACGACCAUAAAUAUAAUCAUGAACAUGACGAUCACCAUGAACAACAUGUUGACAGCUAUCACCUUCACCAUGGUGAAAAAGAAGACAGACAUCCAUACCCUCAUAUACCCAUUAUACAUAACGUUAAAUCGCAUCGGCCGCACUAUGGAGACAAACUUAAUUCUCACCAUCGGAAUUAA